CUCAGUCUCAAGGAGCAGAUCGUGCCCAACAGUCGAACGACCAGCAGCCAACAACAGUACAGUUCAGAGGGCAGACAAUUGAGUGCUCCGUGCGUGCGUCGCGGAAAAGAAGUUUAAUUAUAUCUUUUGCAUAUUGUGAAUGCUGUUGACAAUUUUUAAGAGAUAUUUUUAUGGGUGCUGAUAUGAGUUAAUCGUGUGUUGUUUCUUAAGAAGGAAUUAAGAUUUUGAUACAGUGAUGGCAAUACUUAAAAGAACAUUACUAUAUAUUAGUGUUAUUGCGACUGCGUUCAGUUUAUCUUACGGCCAGAGAAUACUUGAAAAUCAAAAGCGAUCGUUUACAAUCGACUAUGACAACAACACCUUUCUGCUGGAUGGAAAACCGUUCCAAUACAUCAGUGGGUCGUUUCACUAUUUCAGAGCGUUGCCAGAAUCAUGGGAGCAAAUUUUGAAAGCAAUGAGAGCUGCUGGUUUGAAUGUAGUUACUACGUACGUUGAGUGGUCACUUCAUAAUCCCAAGGAGGGUGUCUAUAACUGGGAGGGGAUGGGCGAUAUCGAACGAUUUGUUCACCUUGCUCAAGUUGAAGAUCUGUAUGUAAUACUUCGCCCGGGACCCUAUAUUUGCGCUGAACGGGAUAUGGGCGGAUUUCCAUAUUGGCUUCUGAACAAGUAUCCUGGAAUUCAGCUGAGGACAAAUGACGUGGCUUACCUGCGCGAAGUUCGAACAUGGUACGCCGAACUCCUCUCUAGAUUGGAGCCAUAUUUGUACGGCAAUGGCGGUCCAAUCAUAAUGGUUCAGGUCGAAAACGAGUACGGAUCAUUCUACGCGUGUGACCACAAAUAUAUGAAAUGGUUGCGGGAUGAAACUGCGAGAUACGUAAGAGGAAACGCCGUGCUCUUCACCAAUAACGGUCCCGGACUUACCACUUGUGGGGGAGUGGACAACGUUAUUAGUGGUCUUGAUUUUGGCGCUGGGUCAACUGAAGAAAUCAACGGUUUCUGGAAUGAACUGCGUAAGCAACAACCCAAAGGACCUUUGAUCAAUGCGGAAUAUUAUCCAGGGUGGCUAACGCACUGGCAGGAUCCGGAAAUGGCACGUGUGUCAAUAGAACCCGUUACAAAAUCAUUGAGAGAAAUGUUGGCCGCAAAAGUAAACGUCAACAUCUACAUGUUCUACGGAGGAACAAACUUUGGAUUCACGGCAGGUGCAAAUGAAGCGGGACCGGGUCGUUUCGUCCCCGACAUCACUUCCUACGACUAUGAUGCUCCUUUGGACGAAUCGGGAGAUCCAACGCCGAAAUAUUUCGCCAUACGUAAAGUUAUAUCCGAGUUCUUCCCAAUGCCAAACGUACCGAUUCCCAGACCUGCAAGAAAAAUGUCACUACCAUCGGUAGUCCUUAAACCGGUUGAUAGCUUGUUGAACAAGAUGCUGCUAAGUGCAAUCGGUUCACCUGCUAUUAACGCUCGUGAUCCAUUGACAUUCGAAGCCAUGAAUCAAUAUUCCGGACUUGUUUUGUACGAGGCGGUACUUCCAAGCGGAUUGAAAACGGACCCGAUCAAACUUACGGUCGAGAACAUACACGAUAAGGGUUACGUGUAUGUAGAUACGACUUAUGUGGGAACGUUGUCCAGACAAAACGCGAUCAAUACGCUCCCAAUAACAUUGGGCAUUGGUGAAAAACUCCGUAUUUUUGUGGAGAAUGAAGGUCGUGUCAACUUCGGAACGCCCAACGACUUUAAGGGAAUCGUCGGAGAUGUUUUUAUCAACACACAAAAGCUACAAAAUUGGACCAUGAUCGGAAUACCCUUAGACAAUGUUGGAAAAAUCCACGAAUACAUAAAUCGAAAAUCCCUGCUCGAAAAACGUUAUCCAUCCAAACGGAUCAUACCAAAAACCAGCUCACCUGUCCAAAGUGGACCAACGAUAUUCCAAGGAACCUUCGAUAUUGCACGGAUUGACAUAAUGGACACAUACCUCGAUCCGACCGGGUGGGGCAAGGGAGUUGUGUUCAUCAACGGAUUCAACCUGGGACGGUACUGGCCACUGACGGGGCCCCAAAUUACACUAUAUGUGCCGAGACACAUCCUUCGGAAUAACCAGAAUGAGAUUGUGCUUGUUGAAUAUCAAACUAUUAAAGCUCCAUUCAUGACGAUUGGUUUCAGCAGUUCACCUAAGUUUAAUUGAAUAAAAAUCAUACAUGUUUUCCAUAAUAUUAUUUACAUUUUUGUUAAUAAAAUUUGAA